AGAACACACUCCACCCUGGCAACGCGUCCUCCCCUAUCGUUAUAGGCAUGCUCAGCAGAAGGGCUGUGCUGUGCUCUCAGCGACUGAAGCUGGGCGCAGGGGAACUGCAACCGCCGCGCCGAACAUCUUCCAGGGAUGGCCUCUGCUGAGCCGUUGUGCUCCAGUUUCUACCACCAGCACUGCGCUUAAGGAACAAAAUAAUCACCUUCGCCCUCCUGCUGCCAAGACAGACACACACCACCAUGUACAGCGUGGAGGACCUCCUCAUUUCUCACGGAUACAAACUGCCCAAGACAAGCAUCCCCUGCCCCUCUUCAACUUCAUCCGCCACCGCGCCUUACGAGAAGCAGCGCCACGCCGCCGCUGAUUGCCACCAUGAAAUCCCAGCAGCAGAGAACCAGAGAUCUGGUCGUGGUGGACCACUGAGCGGGAAUGAACAGGCGGGAGACAGAGGGGCCUGCGUCUUCAGCAGCAGCAGGCAGGCACUACUGGCGAAGGGAUACCCCGGCAGCUGCGACAAUGAGAGCGGCGAGGAAAGGAACCAAAGGAGAAAAGAAGCUGUCAGCGGUAACCUAGGUGACAGCCUCGCACAGCCCCUGGGCGAUUCUCUCGCCACGGAUAGCGGGUUCUAUGACGCGCCCAGCUUAACCUAUUCUGAGCAGGUCGAGAGAAGAGAGCAGUUGGAUGAGAGGGAUGUCUUCUACUGGAGGAGGAGAGGCCAGGACUUCAGUGUCCUCCUGGAUUACGCCGACGGCCGGGAGCUGAGAGCAUCCGCUGGCUUUCUGAAGGCCUCUGAGGCGGCAUGGCGACCACAGGCCCUGAUCGCAGAGGACCACAGGGGAGAGAGGGAGAAGCUGCAGCAGCAGAAGCAGCUAUGGGAAGACACCUCCAUCUCCUGGCUGAGAGAGGCCGAUGCGGCUCCUAGACAGUUAAGGGUAGUGACUGGGAUGACUGGGGAGCGGAAGUGCCAGAGCCUGGGCACAGAGGAGUGGAAGCCUGCAGUGGGGCUGGGGAGGCAGCUGUCGGAUGGGGAGGGCGAGAGGUGGGCUCAGGAGCAGCAGCACCGCCUGAGGACUCAAGAGAGCACUGGUUCUAUCCUCCCCAGAACCAGAAGGAUGUCCCAGUCCCUCCCCAGAGUGUUGUCACCUGCUGGAGCUACUGAACAUGCAAACACACUGUCCAGUUUGGUCAGUUUCCAGCUUCGACCAGGCCAGGUUGAUAGACAGCGAGUGAACAGCACCGUAUUUUCCGGGCCUUAUAGUCGGUAUUACCACAGUGCCGCAGUCAGCAGGGACCGGUGGGUCAGGAACAGUUGGCAAAGCGUCGGACAUGUUGCACUUUUACCAAAGCCCAGGUUCAGCAGGCCUGUCAAGCCUCCAUCAUAUGAAAUACACCAGCAGACUAGGGGUAGCCAGGAGAUGCUCGCUGUAGCUGUAAUAGAUCAGCAGGGAGGGUCCAAACAACCGAAAGACAACAGGCCUGUCUAUUACCCACGGGGUGGAGAAUUGCAAAGACAAGACUAUUUUGCACAACACUCUGCUAUCUUUGGCAUGGAGCCCCCCGGUUAUAUCCCGCCCCCGUCUUAUAAGAGAGCCCUGCCCCCAAUCAGGGGAGGACCAAUCAACCGCAACGAAGUGGCAAACUAUAAGUGGAGGGGGGAGAUGAAGAUACAGAUGCACAUGCCUAUGAGCUCAGAGGCGGGAAAGUGGUUCUCCGGACAGACAGGAGGGUCGUGGCUGGAACACUACGGGGAUCGGGGUAUACCCUACAGGAAACAGGUUAACGCUGACCCAAACCUUAACCCUGGAUACACCGAGGAGCAUCUGGGUCAUGUUCACUAUUUACCCUUUGAUAAUCCGCGAGUGAGACAUAUCUCAGGAGGGCCUGGUGGAAAUUCUCUUACUGACACUGACAAGUUUAACCGAAACAUGAAGAAAGAGACUCCCUGCGCUAAGGUUUUAGGACAAUCUACACACGAUAGUGCCUUUCCCCCCCCACAGGGGCUCUCUCUCAAUAACGACUGCCGCAAGACAUCUCUCAAUGACAACGACGGUGGUAGUAGUACUAGAUGGUGCAACAGGGGUUUAAUAAACAAAGGAAGUAUAGACAGUGUAGCUCCUGAUCAGAGCUGUGGUAUCUAUCCAACAGCUUUUCACAUUAGACCUGCUCAGCAAGUGAUCAGGCAUGUGGACCAAGGUCAAGGUGUGUCAGAAACUGUAACUCAAGUGAAAACGUCAGUCAAUGAGCCUGACUCCACAGAGAAAGAGAAACCAAGAAAAACUGACUCAGAGAAAACAGAAAAAAAUGAGAAAAAGAGUGUAAAACAAAAACUUAGUGAGACAAUAUUCUGUUUGGUGUCUGUUCCCGUCCCUCUAACGCCGGGUGGUACGUCCCGUGAUCAAAACAACAACAACGACGACGAGAAGCCACCAAGCCCAGUCCGGCCACCAAGCCCAGUGGACAGUCCGAGUGAGAACAAAACGGGCCACUUAACAAACCAAAGUUUCCAAAGCACAUCUUCAGCAGAGGCUGAGCUGCAAGCACUAACCGGUAGCAUAGCGAGCAGCAGAUCAAGCAGCAAAAUAGUGAGAAAACUCCCUAUUAAACCCCCCAAAAUAAACCAUCACAAGGAGCUGAAACUCUCAGGUGCCUGGCCUGGGAACCAAUACCGGGACCAGGAGACCCAAACUAGCCCAGAAGCCCGAAAGCCUCAGCAUCCCCCUCCUCCAGGCACUGAAAACAAGGAAGCACAAGACCCUCACGUCCCUGCCCCAGGCUCCUCUGACGUCAUCACCCAAGAUCCCAGCGGUGUGGGCAAUACUGCAUUCAGCUGUCCUAUAAAAGGGGUGAAGAGCCUGAAACCAUCCAGCAACAGCGCCUUUUCCAGGACGGCCACUUUCUCCAUUUCCAGCCAGCUGAUCAAGAGCACAGCACAGCCGCCAGCAGCGCCACUACCACCACCACCACCACCACCCUCAGGAAACACGAUGGAGGCCAAACCAGCAGCGACCUGCAGUAGGCAGGAAGCCUUCGGUCAGUUCCUGCUGAAGCCCGUCAGCAGGCGGCCAUGGGACGCCAUCGAGGAGUUGGAGACUAUCAACAAAGAGUUCCAGGAUCAGCAGCAGAAGCAGCAGCAGAGCAGCAAGAGACCCAGUGUUGACCAGUGCAUUGAGGACCUCAACGAGGCCUACAAAGACAUCCUAGAGCUAGGCACUGCCAGCAAUAACAUUUCCAACAAUAGUGGUGCUGUGCAGAUCCCUGAGCGGAUCAAGAUAAGGCUGGCGGGAGAGGCGGGGCUCAGCAAGCCCAGCAGCCUUAGGCGCAGUAUCGAGAGCUGGUCUGUGUCCGUCAACCCGGAGUACGGGGAGGUUAAGAGCGCUUUCUCCAGACCUGCUGAAAGAAAAUCUGUGACUUUCAGCAAGCAGCUAAGAGAGGAGCUCCCUGUCCCACCACGCAAGCCUACAGGAUUCAGAGAAUACAGGGUUGUUUCGAACUUGUCGCAGAGGAGAAGUAGCUGCAGUGGCAGGACAGUGAAGCUAGACCUCCCUUCGCCUUCAGAGACACCACCGCCUUGUCACUUCACCGGCCCUAGUGACUUUACUGACUCUCCUAGUGAUCCCAGCAAGACCAGAGACUUCAGUCCAAUGACUCCAACAACGCACACUGCAGCCGAAGUCCCCUGGGCAGAUAGGCAGCCGAUGCAGGACGCCUCCACACUUACGAGUCCCCCUGACUAUGAGGACAUAUGUCAGUCUUUACAAAAGACCCGAGACUCAGAGGUUAACAAAACGUUCACCGCCAUAUCUAAACCUGGUGGUGGUAGCUGCGAUACAGAGCCUCUAGGGGGAGCCUGUUUAGACUCUGCAGAGGAAUGCCCCAUUUGUAAAAGAGAGAGCGAGAGCCAGAUGUCCAGACCAAGUCCAAUGUCUCCGCUCCACGAGGAGUCAAGCCCAGACUUAUCCGAUCAAAGUAGCGCGACGAUUGUUGGCGACCGUGACAGUCCACAAGGAGCUGAAACGUCCGAAGAACCAGCUGAAGGCGAAGGAGACACAAAGGUAUCCUCUGACUCUGGCUCAAAUCAUUCAGAGGCUCAGACUAUAUGUUGCGAUUGGAGGAAGCAGCUGUCACUCAUAGAUAAGAAGGUGGAGGGGAGUGUCACUGCUGAGAAGACCAAACAAAACCAAGCUCUGGCAGUGGCAGAGGACAUUGGCAAUCUAUACAAACUUAAAUGUGCUGAGGGCAUUCCAGAGAAUGAAUCCAUAGAGGAGAGGGCAGCCAGGAUAUUAGGGAUUGAUGUACUUGCAAAGUCUUUAGUCACAGGGGAGCAGCGGGUUAGUGAGACGGCAACAGAGAGUAAACCCGCUGCUAGUGAAGAUACAGAAAGCAGCAGGGCAAACGAACAGACAGUACAAACACAUGUGAGAGAUCCAGAUUCUGAGGAACUGGACUCUGGAAUGGUAUCUACAGUGCCUCCUGACAGGCAGGAGGCAAAAGAAAAGGAGACACCACAGGAUAACCCAGAGUACAUCAGGAGUGCCAAAUGGACCCAUCUGGGUCGAGAAACUCCAGGUAUGCAGGAGUUUCCGCCAGACAGACUACCGCUUUCGGUCCCCAUUAACCCUGACCUUAAGCUGUCCCACAGCCUGGAGGGAGAGAUGAGGGGCAGAGGACCCUUGCAGCGCGUAGACGCCCUGCAGGAUAAGCUGGCUGCAUCGCCCAGCCACCGGGUGGCGGUAGAGCGCCGGGCAUGGAUGAAGGAAGUGGACCCAGUGUCACACAUGAGACGCCUCAGCAUCAGGAGCACAGACUCUGGGGAGGAGGGUGAGACCAAGCGUGGCGGUGGGCAAGUGGAAGUGCUCUCCCUACCUGCUUCCUCCCAGAGUUAUACUGUGGAAGAUAGAGAGGCCUCUGAAGACACAGUGUUGCAAGAUGAGGUGUCAUCCCUCUCAGAGGCCUACGACCCAAGCGGAGUGGAGAAAGUGUAGAGCGACUGAGACGCCCAUCAUCUUUUUCCAUCGGAGGUUUAGAUCCCUCCAACACUGUGACCUGGCAGCCCACUAGAAUGCCUUCAUCUUAUCCCAACACAGAAAUGGCCUUCUUCUCCGACAAGAGCAUUGUGUACACCCUCACCCUCGGCGUUGUUGAGUACUAUGAGUACCAAGUGUCCCACUGCCAAAAGGGAGGUGUUAGCUUCCAACUAACCCCCCUCCUCCCCUUUACCUCCCCUCAACCCAUCCUCUAAUUGUGUUUCUACUAGGAUGCGGCCCAAAUGGCACCCUACUUCCUAUGUAGUGCAUGACUUUUGUAACCCUACUUCCAAUGUAGUGCACUACUUUUGACCAGGGCCCUUUUUGACCAGGGCCCAGAAAGCAGUGCACUACAUAGGGAAUAGGGUGCCUUUUCAGACUGAAUUCCUAGUCUUCUGGUAGUGGCUUGUCCUUUCUCCUUUCUUAUUCUACCCUCCCAGAUUCUUUUAAUUGGCAGACAUUAUGCAAUUCUGUCAAGCGUACAACAACUUAAAAUAUGUUGAAAUUGAAUACAGUUAGUUGACUCAUCGUUAACAUGCUGUAUGAUUCUGUUUGUUUAUGGGCGAGCUGUUUAGAUAUAAAUGUAAGUACUUAUGUUUUACAUAACGGAUACAUAGGGAGAAUAUUCAUCAUAAAAGCUGUUCCAUUACAUUCAGUGUCGAUUACACCAAAAUAGUUACAUUGUACUGUUAUUAUGGAGAGUUGAGAAGAAAUAUAUUAUAUUGGACGUCAAUGUCUUUGGCUCGAGAACUGUUUUCUUUUUCAGAUUAAUCGAUCAAUCCAUCAGUCUAUUAUUAUUUUGAUACACUGUGGCCUGUCUGUCUCGUCGCUUUCCCGCAUAAUCAUAACCCAUAAAGCUCUUCAAUGAAGAGUCACUCUAUACCUACCUAUGUGGCAUAAUGGUAAAUCAGUGAUAUGUAUUCUGAGGCAUUGGUUCUACAUUAUGGGGGGAAGGGAGUUGACUAGCCUGAGUGUCAGUAUAUUUGUGCUAUCAUGUCACUCAUUGGCUUUCAGGGUUGGGAUCAAUUCCAUUUCAAUUCCAGUCUAUUCAGAAAGUAAACAAAAUGUUUUAAAAAAUACAUUUAAAAAAGUUUAAAAUAAUUUCAGUGUACUUCCUGAAUUGACUGGAAUUGAAAAGAAAUUGACCCCAACCCUGUUGGAUUGACAAUGAGCAUUGGACUUGUCAAGAGCACAAACAAAUCUAGGACCAGGCUAGUAGUUGCCAUCUGUAUCCAGAUGUGCAUGUAUAAGCUGGGUCAGGAUAUAUAAGACCAUUCUGGGUAGUUAACUUAAAUGUUGUAAAAAAUCUGGUGUAUAGCUCAAUUUCCCAGGUCAUUUCAGUAAGCAAUAAUGGCAUGGAGUGUGGCAGUUUGAGUUGUAAACAAGAAUUAUAUGGACAAGAUAGAGCAAUAUUGUCAUACAAACAGCUGUGGCUUAGUCAGUGGAGCUGGGAACCAUUGUCAGGAAUCUCGUUGUAUACGUACCCAAAUGCCACCCUAUUCCCUAUAUAGUGCAAUACUUUUGACCAGAGCCCAAUGAGUCAUGGUCAAAAGUAGUGCACAAAAUAGUCAAUGGGGUGCCAUUUGGGAUGUAACACUUCCCGCAGCAAAAUGGAAAUGUGUCAGAGUAUACUGGGUGUGGGUGGGUGCUUAUUUCAUUGAAAAUAUCAGUGGCCAUACUUGUGUAUCAUGUGAAGAAACUAUGGCUGUGUCUGAAAUGGCACUAUUCACUAUAUAGUGCACUACCUUCGACUAGGACCUAUAGGGCUCUGGUAAAAAGUAGUGCACUAUAUAGGGAAUAUGGUGCCAUUUCAGACGCAGCCUACAUUUCACUGAAUAUUUAUUUUUGUUAUCAUUGAAUUGUUAAUCAGUUUGCAUAAUGUACAAAAUAAAGUAUAUUUUAAAUAUUUUAAGAGGUAUUUUGUAUUUAACCAUUAUGGUUUAUUUCUGCAUACUUUGAUCACAAGUUGAAAGUAUCAUAGUGUCUGUACAGUACCAUAAUGAGAGUAUAUAAUUUUCUAGUGCAAAAAAAAACAUUUAAGAAAAUAGAUUGACAUAAAGAAGGAUGACCUUACAAGUAAAGCUGUCUGCCGUGUGCCUUGAUCACACGGUUGUUCUGUGUAGUGACAAGAUGAGGGUUUAUCUUCUUUCUGAGUCUUGACUUGAUGGGAAAAUCUGGUUGUGCCAUGAGUUCCUAUUUGUAGUGCAUUUUCACAUGAAAAAACAGUUGAACAUUUGAUGUUGGGCAUUCUUUAUUAUAUUUGAUCCAUCGCAGCUGUGUUCUUAUGUUUAUGGUCAGCUGUGACCUGCAGUGUUGUGGUCAAUUCCAUUUGAAUCCCGGAACAUAAUGCUCAAUGCUGGUGUAUGGAAAAAUGUGGAAUCAGAAUCGUAGUUUCAGAUCACUUCCGGAAUUGACCCCAACUCCGCUGACCUGUCUUAUUUUGUUUUUUUAUGUCUUCCAAGCCAAGUCACAUACUGUUGUUUUGUUGCUGAUUCAUAGCAACACGUUUACAAAUUUAAAAUAAAUCCAUUAUUUUAUUAUUGCAACUUAACAUUUCUUUAUACAUUGAGUGACGUUUGAGUUUCAGACAGCCGUCAAUGAUACAAUGGUUAGGGAAGGAUGUAUAAUGCAUCGAUAAAGGUGCACAUUAAUGUUGUUUUCCUAUUUGUCAAAGGUGAAUACAUCUACUGCUCAAUCCCAGUUUUAUAACGUAUACUUUAAUGUAGCAUUAUUGCGGCUGUAGUAUUUAAUUGACUUAGAACUUGAUGCUACGCUUAAUAUAUCUGACCAACAUAUUUUUAAAAAUGUAAUAAUCAUGGCACCUAAGGCAAUUGUGUGCAUUACAUUAUUCUUAAGGCAAUGCCAAAUAAUUACUAAUUGCACACUGUUACAUCAUUUUAGGUGUUACAAACAACUUAUUCAGGUUCUGCCACUUCUUAAGCCUGAAAGGUAGCAAUGUUGACUGCAUACUUAUAUAGUGACUGCCCUUCACUUACUUUUCUCUGACUGAGUCAUUCAAAAAUGAGGAGAACCGUGCAGUUAGUCCAACAUAGUACAGGCUUCUUAAAUGCACAACUCUCACACAAAACAACUAUAGGCAGAGCAAGAGAACUCAGUAGUUUGUUGAUCUGUUGAGUCCAUUGAUCAAUAUCAUUGCUCAAUAUCACAUGAAAAGCAACCAGGUGGAUAGAUUACCCACAGUUGUUGCCGGCCGCAGUUGGUCUGAACGAAGUACCAUUUUCAAGACUUUUGCUUGAUGAUAAUGAAGGCCUCAGUCUAAAGAAGGAAACUGCCCCUCAAUCAUGCCACUAAAAUGGCCAUUACAGAGCAUAGCUAGGCCCGAUGAAUUGGCAUGCCAGAUGAAGCUAGAACUUAGUGUUAUUUGACGUUUUGUACUGCAGGCUAUGUGCAACAUGAAUAAUUAUGCACACUUGUUGUAAUAUUUUCUAUUUUCAUAAGAGAUUUAAUUAAGAGAUUUUUGUACUCACUGACAUUUUUUUCUUACAUGAAAUGCAAGAGAGAGGAGGAUUCUUUUUUUGUUGUUGCAUACAGUAUAUUUGCAUUUGGUACUCUCCAGUAGUCAAAAAGAACGAAAUGGCAACCAUUAUCUUUCAGAAUUUUUUUACAAAACUAUGCCAAGUAUUUAAAGGCAAUUUUUUGAGUAAAAUCCAAUGGAAAAUCAUUCAUUUAUUUUUAAUUUUAAAGCAUUUAAUUUGCUUUGUAUUGAUGAAUAUGAGCAUAAUACAUAGUCAAAUGAUUGUGCUACUGUUGUAUGACACUGCACUCUGAUUCAUAAAUAAACUCCUUGCAUGAA